AGUGGGGCGGUGCUCGUUAACAGCGAAAUCGAAAUAAAGGAUCGUGCAGACAUUUCUUUCAAAACAAAUUUUCCCGGAUAAGUUGAAGGUAACGCUCCCAUUAUGCCGAUUCGCCGUGCAGCAGCGACUCCAACUCAGGAGAAGGCGCCCUCCGCGGUUGCAGAGAAAGAUCCAGAAGCCUCCGAUGAGGAGUCGCCCUCUGCUGAUGAAGAGCAGGCAGCGUCUUCAGCUGCAAGAGGCGAAGAUGAGGAGGGGGAGAAUUCAGGUGACGCGAAUGCCGACAAGAAUGAAGACGCUGCUGAAGAGGGAGUGGAGGGAGAAAAAAAGGAUGAGAAAGAUGUGAAAUGCCCGGACUGCGAGGCUGGACAGUGCGCAACACACUGCUUUGUUCUCCUUCUAAGGAUGAAGGAUGGCUACAAGUAUGAGAAAUCCAAAACCAAGAAGGUGAAACGGACUAUUCCUGCAUGGGCUAGCGUCACUGCCAGCAAAAGCAUUCCUGUAACCAACUAUGCAGGCACGCAGUGCAAAGUGGAUAGCAUCAUUAUCGAAGCUAUAAUGUCCUCUCAGGACAAGGCAGGGAUUUCAUUCCAGUCACUCAUGAAAUAUAUUCUGAAAAAAUAUCCCAAUAUGGAGCUCGACAAGAAGAAGAAGUUUCUCAUCAAGAAAGCUAUGAAGAAACACGUGGAGAAGGGCACAGUCAAGCAGCUGAAGGGUAAAGGUCUUUCAGGAAGGUUUGCCAUCGGAAAGAAGCCUCCUCCAGCAAAGAAAGGUGCCCAGAAGCAGGAGUCUCUAGGGGAUGCUCUUCCUCUCAUCUUCACUCGACUCUGUGAGCCUAAAGAGGCCUCCUACACCCUGAUCAAGAAAUAUCUGAAGCAACACUUCCCCAACUUCAACAUCGAAAACAGGCCUGAUGUCCUGAAGUCGGCUCUGGGGAGGGCAGUAGAAAAAGGAUCUCUGGAACAAGUUACUGGGAAAGGAGCUCAAGGAACAUUCCAGCUUAAGCACACUGGAAAAGACGCCCAGCUGAAGGGCAGCACCCUGGAAGACGCCAUCACUGUUGCUAUCAUAGCCAUGAAUGAACCCAAAACCUGUAGCGCCACAUCUCUUCGCAAAUAUCUCAUCGACUCCAACAAGGACGUGAGGGAGCACCUGCUGGUGGCCAACCUGAAGAGGACCCUGACCAAGUGCAAAGUGCUCGGCUGGAUGAAGCAGCUCACUGGUCACGGCUUAAAUGGGACCUACGGACUCUCGUUUCCAUACUACCCAACUCCUACCAUCCUGUAUCCAGACAAGUUUAAAGAGCUCCCAAAGAAACCAACCAAACGGAGGCAGACAGCUGACACUUCAGAUGAAGAGGAGGAAGAGGAAGAUGAGGAGGAGGAAGAGUCAGAAGAUGAAGCUCCUCCUCCUAAGAGGAGAGCAAACGCCCUUUCACGUGCAAAUCGACGUCCUCCGCCAGCCAAGAAACCCCAGCGUGCCAGUCAACCAAAAGCUAAAAGCCGGGGCCGUACACCUGCAAAAAAGUCUCCCGUUAAAACGGCAACAUCUUCAGCCAAGAGGUCAGGAAAGAAACCGUCAGCCGCCGUCAAAGAAUCUACAGCAACACCUGUUAAGAGAGGUGCACCUUCAAGAAAGCCUAAAAAACCAGUGGUUAAAAGGCUGAGCUCAAGAAUGACCAAGAAACCAGUCUACAAGGAGUCUAGCCCCGAGCCCGAGUCUGAGGAGUCCGAAGUCGAAGAGGAACCAAAGGGCGGGUCCAAGCGAUCUAAACCAGAGUCGUCACCAGAGCCUGAAGUUGAAAAGGAGACAAAAAGAGGCGGAGCCAAGCGAGCCAAACCCGAGUCAUCCCCCAAGGCGCCCAAAGCUGCAAAGGGAGCAGCGAGAGGCGUGUCCAAACGGUCUAAGCCUGAGGACCCUACCCCAGAAGAGCCUCCAGUGAAAAAACAGGCAACCAAAGGUGGGUCCAAACGUUCUGAGGAAGCGUCGUCCCCUAAGCCCCCACCUGAGAAACCUGAUGUCAAAAAAGCUGCCAAGAGCAGCAAACAGUCCCCUCGAAAGUCUAAGAGGGGCAAAAACUAAGACCAACGGCGCCUUCCAGUAACUGGGCUGUGCUAUAUGUUUUUUGUUUUCUAUUUUUAUCAUUGCUUUCUCCCCUUUUUUUAGAGGGCGGUAGUUUUAGUAGUUUAAAAGUUUUUUUUUUUUUUUUUCUAUUGUUGAAUAACAGUGUUAUUCUGACAGUUAUGUUAGCUGUACUCGGACGUUCUUUUAACCCUGAUGUGUAGAAACGCUUGGUUAGUGUUGCUGUUGAAGCUGCCAGUUUGAGAAAGGAUAGCAAAACGCACCAUACUGUAAUUAGAGCCGUGUUGUUCCUCAGUAGGCACUGGCAGCACACAUUCCUCAUUUCAAAGAAGUGUUCUGGAGGGGGCGGAGUGUCUAAUUUUAAGUUUUAUUUUUUACCUAAUUUAAUAUCUUUAUCCUGUCACGAUAAAAUCACAGCAUUUUGGUCGUGCACAAUCUGAAAAAUCCACGUGUAACCUUUCGUUUUUUCUUAAAAAAAAAAACAAAAAAAAAGCCUGCUGGAGCUCAUGCUGAUGAUUUAUAUGAAGAUAAAACACUGUUAGUAUUCAAAUCACGUUCAAGAAAAAAAAAAA